UUGUAUUGCCAAACUAGAAAAAGAGUUAUCGCCCCACUACAUAUAAUCUAAAUACAUAUAAUCACUAUCAUAUAAUUGACUAAAUUUGUUAUGAAUAUAUAUUAUCUGUGUACUCCUAACGGAGAUGUAUUGAACUAAUUGGUAGACACGUGAGAACUUGUACGUCUUUCGCAUUAGAUAGGAGAUACUAUUUAUUGUGGUUUAUUUUGAUAAAUUUAAGAGUAAUAACAAACUAUUCAACAACAAAUAAAUGUAAAUUGUUUAGUAUUGCAAUCUUAUACAGAAUAAAAAAUGUCUUCGUGGAAAAAAGCAGCAAAAACUGGCAAAAAAACUUAUAAUGAACGACACCAGCCGGAUUCUCGAAAACAUCUUGGACUUUUAGAGAAAAAAAAAGAUUAUAAAUUAAGAGCUCAAGAUUAUAAUGAAAAACAAGAAAUUCUAAAACUUUUAAAAAAAAGGGUUUUAAAUAAAAAUCCAGAUGAAUUUUAUUUCCAUAUGAUUAAUUCAAAAGUAAGAAAAGGAAUUCAUCGAGAAAAAGACAAGCCUAAGGAGUAUACUGAAGAACAAAUGAAACUCAUGAAAACACAGGAUCUCAAGUAUAUUGGCUUUAAAAGGAAUCUUGAAUAUCGAGCGAUUGAAAAAAUGCAGAGUCAAUUACAUGCAAUUGAUGCAGCAAAUAAAACUCCAAACAAACAUAUUUUUUUUGUUGAUGGAAAUGAAGAAGAAAAAAAUUUUGAUGUAGCAAAGAAAUUACAAACACAUUCAGCAUUACUAGAACGAAAAACAAACAGAUUACAACUUGAUCGAUUAAAAGAAAUAAAAUUGCCAGAUAUUGAUGAAAAAACUCUUGCUAAAAUGGAGCAACAAAAACAUAUGGCGUACACUGAACUUGAAAAGAGAAUAAAAAGAGAAAAAGAAUUGACAUUAGUUCAACAAAAAUUAGAAAUAAAAAAUGCAUUAAAAAAUAAAUCUAAAAAACCGAUACUUAUAAAGGAAGGAACAAAAGAUGCUCCACCUAUCUACAAAUGGAGUUUUCAAAGAAAAAAAUAAAUUAUAAUAAUUAAUUUAAUAAUUCUCAAUAAUUUUUUUUAUUUUUAUUAUAAAGGUAAUUAUUCUAAAAUAUGGUAUUGUAUUAUCUUAAAGUAGUUUAAAAAGUAUUUUAUAAGAUAAAAAAUGUUAAUUGUCUUUUAAAAUAAUGUAAAAAAUGAAUACAUUUCUAUAUUUCUGAAUUAAACGUUGUGUGAUGUAGUAGUAUUUUCUAAAAAUUCUAUUGAUGAAUUUAAUUUUACGGAUUGUGUCGUAUGAUCAUCGCUAUUCAGAUUAGAAUCAUUCGCGAUUGUUGGUGUUGUUGUUAACAUAAUAUCUAAUAGUGUUUCAGUAGAUUCAUCUUUCAUCACUUCAGUACCGGAAGAAAAUGGUUUGGAAGUUGUUGAGAAACUUGUGUCAUUAAAAUUUAAUUCAUCAGAAAAUAAAUUUGCAUAAUUAUCUGGAAAAAUAAUAGGAAUUAUCGAAAUUAUUGGAGUCAAUGUCUUGUUCAAAGUUUCCGCAAUUUUUUGAGUGCUCAUGGAAAUAUUGUUGAUUGUUGAUAUAUUUUUAGAAUUGAUUGAA